AUGAAGAAGACCCUGAGCGGGCCGCUGCGCAGAGGCUGGCCCAGCUCCGACCUGUCGGACCGGGCCUCCGACCGCCUGCGCUCCCGCAGCGAGCGGGAUUACCGCACCCACAAGCCCGGGACCAGCCCCGGACUCGCCACCGGACCCCGCGCCUACCGCUCCAAAGGUGAUGUUUCGCCAAUCAGCAUGUCUCCCAUCAGCCAGUCUCAGUUUAUCCCGCUCGGAGAAAUCCUCUGCCUGGCCAUCUCAUCCAUGAACUCCGCGCGGAAGCCCGUCACCCAGGAAGCCCUCAUGGAGCACCUGACCACCUGCUUCCCAGGGGUCCCGACGCCCAGCCCCGACAUCCUGCGCCACACGCUGAACAUGCUCGUCCGGGAGCGCAAGGUGUACCCGACGCCCGACGGCUACUUCGUCGUCACCCCGCAGACGCACUUCAUCACCCCCUCCCUCCUCCGCGCCAACAGUAAGUGGUACCACCUGGACGAGCGCCUGCCCGAGCGGGCCGGCCGGGGCCCCUCGCCGCAGCCGGGCCCGGGGCCCGCGGCGGGCCCCGCGCCCGGGCUGCGCGAGCGGCCCGGCCCCAAGGCCCACUGCGACGCCUGUCACUGCUGCCGCGAGGAGCUCCACGGGGCUCACGCCUCCACCCUGCAGCGCCGGGCCGCCAAGGAGCCCGCCUUCUUCGGCGUCGGCGGGGGCAUCCCGGCCCCGCCGCUCGGCCCCGCGCCCGACCGGCCCAAGGCGGAGGCCCCGUCCAAGCCCAAGGACGGCGGCGGCGGCGGCGGCGGCGGCCUCGCCCCCGAGAAGCCCUCCAAGAAGUUCGGGCUGAAGCUGUUCCGCCUGAGCUUCAAGAAGGACAAGGCCAAGCAGCUGGCCAACUUCUCGGCGCAGUUCCCGCCGCAGGAGUGGCCCCUGAGGGACGAGGACGCGCCCACGGCCAUCCCGCGCGAGGUGGAGGUGGAGAUCAUCCGCCGCAUCAACCCCAGCCUGACGGUGGAGAACAUCGGGCGGCACACGGCCCUCAUGAAGAAGCUGGAGGAGGAGAAGGCCCAGCGCAGCCGGGCCGGCUCCUCGGCGCCCGGCGGGGCCCGCGGCAAGCGGGGCCGCAGCCACCGCAAGGCCCACGGGAAGGCCCGCUCCCACAGCAAGUCCCGGCUGUCGCGCGGGGACCGCUCCGACGGCUCCCGGCUGGACCACCGCCCGGCGCCGGGGGAGCGGGACUCGGACCCCGGCGACCCCCGCGACGGCGGCUGCCCGCCGCACGGGCCCUGCGCCCCCUUCCCCGCCACCCCCGAGUGGGACGUGUCCGGGGAGCUGGCCAAGCGGCGGACGGAAGUGCCCUUCCCCGAGCCCUCGCGGGGCAGCGGCGUCCACCACCACCACCACCACCACCACCACCAGCACCAGCACCACCACCACGCCAAGGUGCACCGGAGCCACAGCCACACGCAGGACCGCCGGUCCCGCCACGAGCGGCCCGGCCGAGCCAAGGAGCGCUCCCGCUCCAUGGACAACGCCCAGGGCCCGCUCGGGCCCGCCGACCCGGGCCCCGACGAGGACGGGGCCGAGGCCGGCCGGCGGGGCGACCCGGCCUCCGGCCCGCCGGCCGGGGCCGCCCCCGACGGCCCGCUGAGGCCGGGCCUGGCCCGCGCCCACGGGCCCGCCGCCGGCUACCCGGAGUCGCCCGGGUCCGGCGGCCCCGGGGAGGCCGGCGGGCCCCCGGAGCCCACCCGCCCCGGCCCGCACGCCAAGCCCGGCCUCGGCCCGGCCGUCCCCGCCGUGGCCGACGACUACUUCCAGUGCGGGGCGGCCGGCGAGGGGCCGGCCGCCGACGGGGCCAAGAAGCCGGGCGGCCCCGACAGGCCGCCCCAGCGGCCGGAGGGCCGGGGCGGGUCCCCCGGGGGCCCCCCGGGGCCCGGCCCGGCCCCCGACGCCUUCGUCAACGGCCCGGCCGGCGGCGAGUCGGGCGGCCUGGACAAGCGGAAAGAAGUCUUCAGCAAGGACACCCUGUUCCGCCCCCCGCCCGGCCCGGCCCUGCCCCUCGGCGGCUACCACAAGCCCGGGCCCCCCGACGCCCCCGUCCCCGCCCGGGGGGAGAAGCCGGAGCCGGCCCCCGCGCCCGCCCCGCGGCCCGCCGAGCCGGCCGGGAAGCCGGAGGCCUCGUUCGACUACUACAACGUGUCGGACGACGACGAGGACGAGGACUCGGAGGACGGGGGCGGCGGGGGGGCCCGGCCCCCGGCGGCGGAGGAGAAGGGCCGGCGGGGCGGGGGCGGCGGCGGCGUGGGCACCAUGCAGUGGCUCCUGGAGCGGGAGAAGGAGCGGGACCUGCAGCGCAAGUUCGAGAAGAACCUGACCCUGCUGGCGCCCAAGGAGGCCGACGGCAUCGGCCAGCAGCGGGCCACGCACUCGGCCCGGCUGGACAGCAUGGACAGCAGCAGCAUCACCGUAGACAGCGGCUUCAACUCCCCACGGACCCGGGAGAGCUUGGCGUCCAACACCUCGAGCAUCGUGGAGAGCAGCCGUCGGCAGAACCCGACCUCCCUGAGCCCCGUGCAUGCGGCCUCCGCUCCGGCCUUCCCCUUCCGAGCCAGCCCCGACGCCCCGGGCCAGGCCGAAGCCGACAAGCUGCAGAAACCCCCCAGCUGCCUGCAGGCUUCGGUGACCAGCGUGUGACGGCCCCCCACGCUGCCCCCCGCCCCGGGGUCCCGCCGCCCGGGCCCGGCCCGCUGAGCCUCCCCUCCCAACCCCGGGUUCGGCCGGGGCCCGAAACGAAAUCGUCAUUUCCGCGUCUUGCUUUUUCCCCGUUUAGAGCGACGGA